UAACGCAACAUUUUCAACCAUACAAAGUGAAUUAGCUUGCCGCAUUAAUGCAAACUACAUUAGCCUGUUGCAAGUGAAUCACCGAAGCAAAUAUCAGUUCACCUUGCCGGUACCCAACAUGGCAUUUAUUUUGUUAGGAAACAAAACAAUGGCACACGACGACUACAACAUCCACCAAUGGGUAGCAAACAUUCCAUUCGAAUGUAAGACGAUUGUGCUUUUCGAGGGUAACAGCAACGCAACACAGCCAAAUCAAAUUGGACACUAUUUUGCGACGAUGAGCUUGUGGAAUGUGAUACUGAUCGCCACCAACCUGGACGCAGUGUAUGCCUUUCAUUAUGGACCUUUGCGCAUUUUAAAAUACACCAACUUUCCGAGCUACAAUGUGUUGUUCUUCGAUCGAUUGCAAACUUUACAAACCAGACAUCUAUUGGCAGCGUACAUGAAGGACAUCUAUACUAAAACACGAUGUAAAAAUAUACUAGGAGAAGAUUUAUCGCUGUUCAAAUUGUUUGCAGAUACCUUCAAUUUGGAGUUUUAUGUGGAAGAAAUGCAAUGUAUCAAAAGCGAAUUGCCGGUCACGUGUUUCUCGCGCUAUGCCGAUAAGGAUUUAUUAAUCAAUCGAUUCUUUUUCCAACAAUACAACAGAUUCGCUGUUGACUGUAUAAAGAUGGAGAAAAUUGCUAUAGCCACACCGAAGGGGCGCCUACUAACGAUAUGGGAAAUUUUGCUGCAUCCUUUCCAACAACCCGUUUGGUGGAUAUUAAUUGCAAUAUGUUCCGGUUUCCAGCUGCUAGAGAUCAUCAUACCGACAUUGUUCACGAACAGCAUUGUCGGUCUAGCGCUGUUUGGGUUCGAAAAGCGUCAGUUACGAUUUACAGGACGUACCGAAAAAAUAACAGCCAGUGCCUUUGUUGUGAUGAUUUUCCUGUUUAAAUGUGCGUACGAAGCUAAACUCAUUUCAUACAUCACCGAAACUCCUCGGGAACCUAGCGCAUUAUCUAUUGAACAGUUACGUCAACGCAACAUUACCGUCUAUCACAAACAUUUCAACACUACACACAUGAACAAACUGAAGGGAAUGUUAGCGACCUACGAUGGUGAUUCACUUGUGUUUGAAGGAUCAACUAUUGCAGACAAUAUAAAUGCGUUAAACAUUGAAAUGAUGUUAAACGAUGUUGAAGGUACUCCUUAUAAGAUACUCGACGAAACUUUGUUUGAAAUGUUACCAUUUUUUACGUUCCAACCUAAAAUAGCCAUUCGACAGCCAUUCCUGAAAUACCAGCACCGGGUGUUUGAAGCUGGAUUGCCCAUGCACUGGCAUCAAAAGAUGUUGAACUGUUAUCGUACUCACGUAAACGAAUUAAAGUUAAAAACGCAUAGCAAUUCAAUGGAAAACUUCAUACACGCAGACAAACUAAAGCCCUUGAUCAUGUUUUUCUCUGUGCUGUGGACAUUUGCGACGGCCGUUUUUGUGAUUGAAGUGAUCGUGGGAAGACGAUUGAGGAGUUGUUAAAACGUUUCAAAGGAAAAUAAUUCGAACAACAUGAUCGAGGUUGUAUUGAGCAGUAGUAGAAGUUGAAAUGCAUGUUGGAGAUUAAAAUUACAUUAAGAUUAAAAUUCUGUUACAAACGAGACGAUAUUUCGUACAGCCAACGAGGAUCAAGAGCUAGAGCAUCUAUACGCGAAAAAUUGUUCGUUUAUCACAUUUCCACAAACGCACUAAUAUUUUGUGAAAAAAACUACUGAAUCACAAUUAUACAAUAAAUCAUCUUUUGCACUCGGAGACACUUCAUCUUUGUUUUUGUUUUGGAAUUUUAAUAGGAUCCUAGAACGGAUAUUUGACCGUUGCACACUACAAUUGAUCUUCUCCGUACUAAUCCUCCGCUUGAUUUGUUAUUAACAAAGGAUUUAAAAACGGAAUUGUGUCCGACGUGUUCUGCACUCCAUCUUCUCCCUAGUAACCCUGAAAUAAUCCUUUAAAAGUUUAUUCUUUAAUUAUGAUCUUUAAAAGAUCAUGAUUCGUAAUAACGUCCGAGGGACAUAAGUUCCUUCGGACAAUUGCGGCGCUGUAAUUCAAUCUAUAUUCAUUACAAUCGAUUCAAUAAACUCAAUAUAUCCCAACACUAUAUGUAGGAAAAAUAUCCCAGAUUGUUAAUUAUCUUACCAUCUUGCUAGCUUUCUUUAUACUAACCAAUUCAAUUUCCUUGGCAAUUUUUUACAGGUAGUUAUGUAGGUUAACUUCCUUCAUAAUGUUUUACAAUAAGGUUAUGUUUGUUUACUAUGUGUUUUUCUCCAGGAUCAAACGAAAAAAGUACAUUAAUUCUUUUUGAGUACCUUUUUGACUUGAAGCUAAUGCUCCUCUACGUCUCGUGCCGAAUGAGAACCUUCCUGGUGGAGCAUGAGUCCGGCAUCCUCAUCACGUGCCCCAGCCAUCGUAUCCUUCCGGUUUUGACAACCGUCAGGAUAUCUGCACCGCCAAAAAGCUCAGCUAGCUCGUGGUUCAUUCCCCUUCUCCACACGCCCUGCUCGCACACACCGCCAAAGAUAGUCCUUAGCACCCGCCGUUCGAAAAUAGCGAGUGCAUUGGCAUCCUCCGUUAGCAGAGUCCAGGACUCGUACCCGUAGAGGACUACCGGACGAAUCAGUGUGCGAUAUAUCGUGCAUUUCGUGUGUUGCUGGAGCCUUCUGGAUCGCAGGAAUUUGUGGAGCCCGUAGU